UUCAUUGCACAUCGCGUAGUUCUUGCUGCAAAUUCGCCAUAUUUCAAAGCGAUGUUCGCAUCUUCUUUUACCGAAACUGAAAAGUCGGAAAUCGUGUUGCGUGAAGUGGAACCCGCCGGAGUCAAGGCUAUUUUAAAUUAUUUCUACACUGCUACUAUUGAGCUAGAUAGUUCAAACUUCGAAGCUAUCUUCGCAACAGCAAAUUUAUGGCAGGUCGAAUUUGUGCUUCAAGCCUGUGAACAUUUUCUUGAGCAAGAGCUCUCAACCUCGAACUGUUUGGGGAUUCAAAUUCUAGUCAAUGCUAAUUUAACAUUCACAGAAAGGCUACGGAAGCUUGUUGAUGGAUAUGUUAAUGCUCACUUUAUGGAAAUUUGCGAGGAAGAAGAAAUAUUAACGAUUCCUAAAGAACAUUUUAAAUUUCUUCUUGUCAAAGAUGAACUCUGCGUAAGUUUUGAGGAAUUUCUCUUUGAAAGUGUGUUAAGGUGGCUCAAGCAUGAUGUUAAUAUUCGAGGUUGCUAUGCAACAGAGUUAAUGUCUGCAGUCCGUCUUGGGCUUCUUAGGAAAGAUUUUAUUCAAGAGAUCCUACUUCGAGAAAAAACUAUUUUAGAGAAUUCAAGUUUAAAUCAAUUGCUCAACAGUGUCGUUAAGUUUCUCCAUGGAGACCAAAGUGUUAAAAUAUCAGAGUACUUAACAAGGAAAAGAAAGUGCGAAGUGCUUUAUGUGUUUGGGGGUUUCUCGAGUAAUUCACAUCGCUUACGCCCAGCAAAAGCUAUAGAUUCUGUCGAAUUUCUCAAUGUGUUGCAAGAAAAGUGGGAAAACUUUCCUGAAGCUAAACUACCUGACGCCAAGGAAACCCAAUUUAAGUUGGUGGCUGGUGAUGGCUAUCUUUAUGCUGUUGGUCACAAAAUUUUCAGUUUCUGCCUCAAAAGAUUGGUGUGGGAAAAGUUGUAUCCAAAAUCAAUGGGAUUCAGGCCACUGGACAUUAAGAACGCUGGAGUAUGCUUCAGUAAUGGGUGUAUUUAUGUUAUUGGUGGGGUGAAGGGUGCUCAGAAAUUCAAUCCUAGUGAUUGUACCUGGUAUAAGAUUUCUUCGUCGAGCAACGGCUUGGUUGAAGAGCAUUAUCGUCCUGGUGUUUGUGCUCAUGACGAUGUCAUCUAUGUGAUUGGUGGAUGUGACUCUAGUUAUAAUGAUGGUAAAGAUUCAGUGGAGAGCUUUGUUGUGGAAAGUGGUGUUUGGCUGAGGAAGGCUUGUAUGUGUACUGCAAGAUGGGGGCUGGAAGCAAUACCUUUGAAGGACAGAAUAUUUGCUGUUGGAGGAUAUAACACAGAAGAAAGAUGCGCUUUAAACACAGUUGAAGUAUUUACUCCAUCAACUGAUACCUGGCAGAAUACGAGUCCGUUAACUGCUCCAAGGCGACGGUUUGGCAGUGCUGUAGUAAAUGGUAUGAUCUAUGUAGUAGGAGGCUAUGAAGUAGAAAGUGUGGAAUAUUAUGAUGAGGUCAAAGAAAGGUGGGUGGUUGUUAAUGGGCUUACUAUUAAUAGAUUUGACUGUUCUUGUUGGUCUAUGCAACCACCAAACUGCCUAUAGCUUUAAGAAAUAUUAAUAUUAUUAUUAAAGACCUUGUAUAAAUA